AUGGCACUGCGCUAUGGGCUUUUCAUCUGCCUUCUGCUCUGGGGAGGAACAGAACUGUGCUACCCCCAGCCCCUCUGGCAGGGUGGGGCCCACCGCUUCCUUCCCUCUAAGCCACCCCUAGUGGUGGAGUGUCUGGAGGCUCAGCUUGUGGUCACUGUCAGCAAAGACCUUUUUGGCACUGGGAAACUCAUCAGGCCUACAGACCUCACCCUGGGCCCUGAGGGCUGUGAGCCCCUGGCCUCUAUGGACACAGAUGAUGUGGUCACAUUUGAGGUCGGGCUACACGAAUGUGGCAACACCGUGCAGGUAACAGAGGAUGCUCUGGUAUACAGCACCUUCCUGCUGCACAACCCCCGCCCUGUGGGAAACCUGUCCAUCCUGAGGACUAAUUUUGCAGAGGUGCCCAUCAAAUGCCUUUUCCCCAGGCAGGGCAACGUGAGCAGCCAGGCCAUCCUGCCCACCUGGGUGCCCUUCAGGACCACGGUGUUCUCGGAGGAGAAGCUGGUUUUCUCCCUGCACCUGAUGGAGGAGAACUGGAGUGCUAAGAAGAGGUCCCCCACCUUCCAGCUGGGAGAUAUAGCCCACCUCCAGGCCGAAGUCCACACUGGCAGUCAUGUGCCACUACGACUGUUUGUGGACCACUGUGUGGCCACACCAACGCCAGACCGGAACACCUCCCCAUAUCACACCAUCGUGGACUUCCAUGGGUGUCUCGUGGAUGGCCUCUAUGAUGCCUCAUCUGCUUUCAAAGCACCCAGACCUGGACCAGAGACCCUCCAGUUCACAGUGGACAUGUUCCAGUUUGUUAAUGACUCCAGAAACAUGGUAUAUAUCACCUGCCAUCUGAAGGUCACCCUGGCCGACCAAGUCCCAGACCAGCUAAACAAAGCCUGCUCUUUCAGCAAAUCCUCCAAUAGCUGGUCCCCAGUAGAAGGCACUGCUGAUAUCUGUCAAUGCUGUAACAAGGGUAGCUGUGGCAUUCCGGGUCGUUCCAGGAGGCUAGUGGGACAAUCGCACAAGUCUGCUUCCCGCAGUCGCAGGCAUGUGACAGAAGCAGCAGAUGUCACAGUGGGGCCACUAAUCUUCCUGGGAAAGGCCAGUGACCGUGGUGUGGAGGAGUCGACUUCUCUCACAUCUGUGAUGCUGGGGUUAGGCCUGGCAAUGGUGGUAUCCUUGACUCUGGCCACCAUUGUCCUAGGUCUUGCCAGGAGGCGUCAGGCUGCUUCCCGCCCUGUGAUGUACCCUGUGUAUGCUUCCCAAUAA